AUGAAAUUCCGUAACGUUUGGCCAAGCUGUAUGGGAAAUGGAGAGAUUAAAGUUGUGAAUAUUGGCUAUGGUUUGAGAGAGUUUACAUUUUUGGACAAUAGUACAGUGACAUUAGGUGGCAGCGUUGAUUCACCUCAGCGAAUUGCAUCUGCCUACGUAAAAGAAUCGAAAAAACAAAAAGCGCUCAAAUUAAAUUUGUUUAACCUUAUAAGCAGAGAAGGAAAAUAUAUUGAUUCACAGUUAAAUUUAACCAAUUGGUUUGCAAAUCAUGAUGGUACAUUGGUCAAACAGCAGAGUGGUCAUUUUGAAAAAUCAUGUACUAAUAUUAAUGUCAAUUUAAAUGGUUGGUUAUCAUGCAAUGCAACGAAAAUAAGCACGCGCAUAGUUCAUGCUGAAAUAAAUCUAAAUGAUUUUAUUUCCAACAUCGAUGGACAAUUAACCAUUGAUUGUGAGAACGAUAAGCCAGACUCACCAAAAGUAGCUGUAUGGUAUUGGAAAUCAAAUCUGGAUCCGUUCGAUAUAAAGGAACCUGCACAAUGGACAAAAUAUUCCAAUAUUGAAAAUGACAUUAUUGAAGAAGCAUUUGAAAGGAAACAAAAACAAGUCGUACUAGAAAAUUAUAUGAUAGAUUUCGAAAAGAAACUUCAAAUAAGUAAAAAGUACGAUUCAAAACAACGACAGAUCAAAAGAAUUUUAACUGGUAAUGAACAGAAUUUAAGACAUGAAAGAUUUUUUAUUGAGCCAAAAUUAAUGGAAUCAUUUGGUGUUUACAGCAUGAGUUCAGAUUUUCUAGAAUCAUGGAUAAAAAAUAGUAAACCUUCUUUGGAACGUAUUGAUGAAAUUCUUGAACAAGCAAUUAAUGGCAUUCUCCUUGAAGGUAAAAAACUUGGUAAAAUUGCUGAUGCUGAAUGGUGUGCCAAACAAUUGAGCCAAGUUCAAAACCAAAACAAAAAUGAAAUUAAUCGGUGUGUGCUAAAAGUUUAUACAACAGAAUGUUUUCUGUAUAAAAUAUUGAAUGUAGCGUUGAGAGAAAAUGAUAUGACAAAAGUUAAUACAUUAGGUCCUUUUUGUUAUUUAUUGAAUAGUGCAUUAUCGAAUACACAAAAUAUAUUUUACACUGGCUAUCUUUAUAGAGGAGCAAAGCUUCAAAAUCAUAUGGUAGAGGAUUAUUUGAAAGCUGUUAACGACGGCUGUAGAUCAUGGCCCGGAUUUACAUCAACAUCAAGAAAUCGAACUAAUGCCGAAGAAUUCGGUGACACAUUAUUCAUUAUUAAUAUUAUAGACGAACAUUCAAAAGCGCUAGAUAUAUCAUCGACAUCAGUUUUCCCAAAUGAAGAAGAAAUAUUAUUACCAAAUGGUUGGAAUUUUAUCGUUGAAAAAGUAGAUAUGGUUAAUGGUAAAAACCAUGUUUAUUUAAGACGAUCAAAAGAUCAUAACUAG